AAAAUCCACACAGCCCGCGGGACUCAGAGGCACCGGAUCCCAGAUGUGGGCUAUGGCACCGUGCACGCUGCUCCUGCUGCUGGCAGCCACCCUGACUCUGACCCAGACCCGCGCUGGCUCACACUCGCUGCGGUAUUUCUACACCGCCAUGUCCCGGCCCAACUUCGAGAAGCCCCGAUUCAUCUCUGUCGGCUACGUGGACGACACGCAGUUCCAGCGCUUCGACAGCGCCGCGAAGAAUGCAAGGGCGGAGUCGUGCGCGCCGUGGAUGGUGGAGAAGUUGGAGUAUUGGGAGGAGCAGACAAAGAGCGCCAAAACCAACAAGCAGUGGUUCCGAGGGAGCCUGAGGACCGCGCUGACCUACUACAACCAGAGUGCAGGCGGCUCUCACACCUUCCAGCAGAUGUACGGCUGUGACGUGGGGUCGGAUGGGCGCCUCCUCCGCGGUUACUGGCAGCUUGCCUACGACGGCCGCGAUUACAUCGCCCUGAACGAAGACCUGAAAACGUGGACUGCUGCUGACAGGGCUGCGCGGAACACCCAAAGCAAGUGGGAGCAAGAAGGUGCUGCAGAGUAUUAUGAGGACUUUCUGAAAGGCGCAUGCGUGGAGAGGCUCCGCGGAUACCUGCAGAAGGGGAAGGAGAUGCUGCUGCGCACAGAUCCCCCAAAGGCACAUGUAACCCAUCACCCCAGAUCUAAAGGUGAAGUCACCCUGAGGUGCUGGGCCCUGGGCUUCUACCCUGCUGACAUCACCCUGACCUGGCAGUUGAAUGGGGAGGAGCUGACCCAGGACAUGGAGUUUGUGGAGACCAGGCCUGCAGGGGAUGGAACCUUCCAGAAGUGGGCAUCUGUGGUGGUGCCUCUUGGGAAGGAGCAGAAUUACACAUGCCAUGUGUACCAUGAGGGGCUGCCUGAGCCCCUCACCCUGAGAUGGGAGCCUCCUCCAUCCACCAAGACUAACACGGUAAUCAUUGCUGUUGUGGUUGUUGUGGUUGGAGCUGUGGCCAUCCUUGGAGCUGUGGUGGUUUUUGUGCUGAAGAGGAGGAGAAACACAGGGACAGCUCCUAGAGCUCUGAUGUAUCUCUCCCAGAUGGUAAAGGUGACACUCUGGGGCCUGAUUGGGGAGGGGCAAUGUGAAUAUGAUUGGGUUUCAGGGACUCCCAGAAUCCCCUCUGAGUGAGCUGUGGGUUGUUGGAAUGUUGACUUCACAGUGAUGGUUUAUGACCCUCAUUCUCUAGGGUGAAGACAGCUGCCUGGUGUGGACUGAGUGACAGACGAUGUGUUCAUGUCUCUCCUGUGACAUACAGAGGCCUCAGUUCUCUUUAGACAACAGUGUCUGAUGUUCCCUGUGAGCCUAUGGACUCAAUGUGAGGAACUGUGGAGCCCAGCCUGCCCUGCACACCAGGACCCUGUCCCUGCACUGCCCUGUGUUCCCUUCCACAGCCAACCUUCCUGCUCCCGCCAAACACUGGGUACAUCUACAUCCUGUCAGCUCCAUGCUGCCCCGAGCUCCAGCUCCUCACUUCCACACGAAGAGUAUGUGACCUUGAUUGUUAUCAUCUUGAGCUGAGGGUUGAUUGCUUGUUAAUUUAAUGGUUGAGAAUACUUAGCAUUUUUGUCUUUU